CAUUGAGAUGAGGUGUCCUUCCUUCUCCCUGAUUGGUCCACGGCCUGGUUGUACCAUUGCAGUGGCAUGGGGGGCAAUAGGAGCUCUUUCUAUCACAUUUUGAAGAGCUAAUUUGCCAUUUAUUAAUAAAUAACACUUUUGUUAUGAUUAUAUUUUAAGCCCUUAUUUAUUUUGUAAGGAUUCGUUGCUACAUUGUUGGUCAAUAGGUGUUUAUUUGGCACCCACCGAGAUCAAUUUACCUGGACUUUACCUGCGUGCACCUGCAGCCUACGUAAUGACAACUUUGACUUUCACUUUCUGUAGUUUUGGCGGUAGAUUCAGUUCAGUAUCAUGAUGGCGCACCGUGCAGUCUUACAUUUCCUUUGUGUGUUGGGAGUCUUUCAGAAAGGUCUAACCGCGCUGAUAGAAACCCAGCACACUGUGGAGGCAGCUGUAGGAGAUGAGGCCUACUUAAACUGUCACCUGAUGCAAUCUAGAGAUGUUGAGAAAGUCACAUGGCUGAAGAUUUUACCUGGGGGGGAGAAGAACCUUGCUGCUAGCCGCAAAGACUCUGGUCAACAAGUGAAUCCUGACUUUACAGAUAAAAUGGAGUUUAGAUAUGCUGGACUGCAGAACACCUCCAUAGUUAUCAGGAGGGUGAUGGAGGAGGAUGAAGGGUGCUAUCGCUGUAUGUUUAACACCUUCUCUGAAGGUGAUUUCAUUGCUACAACCUGCCUGAAGCUCUAUGAGCUGCAUGGACCCUUUCUUCACGUCACAGAAUCAACAGUUGUGUCCUGCUCAGCCACAGCUCGACCUGCUCCCACAGUAACAAUGACUGUCCCUCACUACAACUCUACCAGCGUCACCAACACCAACGGCACAGUCACUGUCACCACUACAGCUGAGCUGUCUCGUCUCCAUGGCAACAGCACACAGGUUGGAUGUGCAGUGAGAGUGCUCUCUGGUCCUCAGAUAGAGGUGUCUAUGAUGAUUCCUGAGGUCAAACAGUCGUCUGAUGAUGGUUUUGAUGAGGAAUCUGGAUCUAAUAACAAUUUCACUCUGAUCAUCGUGUCCGUGGUUGUGGCCUGUGUUUGUGUUUGUGUUGCUGCAGUCGUCAUCGCCCUGCUUAUACGGAAACAUCAGAACCGUCGUUCACACAGGGACUCUGAGAAGAAGAACACACCACAAAAAGCAAUCAAAGACACUCAUGAGUUCAAAACACUUAAUGAAGGAAGAGAACGAGCUGCGGCUACAGACGUCUACUGAGAAAGAUAAAAACCACGACAACCCAAAACCAUCAUCUCUGAAAGGAAGAAGAAAAUGAUUUGAACUCUGUUAACUAAUUAGUUCCACAGAAUAACCCACAAGACUGUUAAUGCCACAACACAGAGAACAUGUCUGCACCAGUUCAUUGAUUCCAGCAGAUCAGUAGUUUUGAUUUUGAAAUUUAAUUUAGGUGAUGGAUUUAAUUCACUGUUGCAUCCAGAUGAAGCAUCCUUUGUUUUGUACGUCUUUAUAUAUACAUUUUCUGAAAGUCAA